CAUUCGGAAAGGAUAAAUAUCUACAAACUGAAUAUAAGGAUAAGGACUGCAUGAAUAUAGAUAGUCCAUUUAUAUGUUACUGUAAGCCUAAAAUCAUACAAUUUAGUAAAAUCGCUGUAGAGGAAAUUGCCGUCAACUUUGACGUUAGAAACAAUUAUGUAACGAAACGAUGACGUCAUCUAUGUUUAUACAAAAUAUAUUUUAUAUUAUCAUCCUGUAAUUGGACGCCGCUUAGUAAAAUCGUUAUAAAAAGUUUUAAUUGGCAAUAAUUGGUGCUUUUGUAAUUUUUAGUAACAUUUUGAAUAAAAUACAUUUGUUCCCGUGCAAUUUUAUCUUUAUAAGCAUAAACUUAAGCCGUAAAACUGAAUUAGCGCUAUGGGAAACCGCCGUGAAAUUUUACCUAUCUACCCGGAAGUUUCGCCUGUAUUUUAUUUAUAACGAGAAAUGCUUAAUUAUCUAAAUUAAUUCGUAUAUAUGACUAAAUUGAGACUUAAAAUUUUUCUGUCCCUAAAACAAUUUCAAAAACGUUUUGUAUGAUUAGUUUGAAAAUAUUAUUUUAAAAUUCUUAUAUGAACCCAUAAAGGGAAGGAAAAUGAAGUUUGUAGGCAAAAAUAUUCAUUUUUCUCAACAACAAUAGCGCUCGUCGACAAUAGUUUUUCUUUUCGAUUGUUUCGAAGGCUUUCGUUUGCGUUCUUUACUUUCGUUUUGUGAUUUUCGAAGAGUGAAAUGAGUGGAGAGAGAAAGAGUUUCUUGCGUAGGAUCUUCGGAGGAAGACCCACGAGCAAUAAGAUAGGUGUAGAGAGAGAGGAGCAGAGAGAUGAAGAGAUGGGUCAUGGUCCCACAGAGAAUCCGGAAGUCAGUGGAAUUCCGAUCGAAAUACUGGUUCUUCCUCGACGUUUGGAGGAUCCAGAAUCUAGUGGAUUUCAGCCGGAUCCGGAGUUUCUUUCGGAGCGUUCGGAGCAAGCCCGACGUAUCGAAUGGGUCGAGCCGAAGCUCUAUUGGAGUCCGUGUAAGAUAUACCGACUGAGAUUAGCUCAUAUGAGCGACGAGGAGAUCGAGGCCGAAAUGUGGGCCGAGGGCAUCGAGUUCGAUCGAAAUAAACGUCAUUCGGAUCAUUUUAUGAGAGGGGCGCUUUCAAAAUUGGUGAAAGUGAUAAGAAAUGUGCGGGAAUUCUCUUGUUCCUGCUUUGAUGGCUGUAAGAAAAUUAAAGUUCAUCCACUUAUGAACGAUGAGUUACGUCUUCGCAAUCGUCUUUUCGGCCCUCUCCUCACAAACGUCGAAAGUAUAGAACUGGAGGAGUUCUAGACGAACUCAGAGACCUUGAAGUUAUCUAGCGUGGUCCUAUCUUCCAGUUGUGAUUAAAUGAGUGCAAUUUAUCGACUUGUGACGCUAUUUACCGGACUUGACUCUGUAACUCGGACUUGACGACUUUUCCUGGAUUUGACCUGAAAACUCGGAUGUGACCGAAGUCUCCAACGGGACUUCAAACUUCGGGUGUGACAGAAGGAUGAUUCUCAAAUGGACUUUCGAAUAAGCGGGGAAUCAUUUCCUUCGGACUUUUGUGAAUUCAAUGUGUUUUAUAUUGUGUUUGUGAUUUAAUCGAGGGACAGUUUGCCUCUGAUGUAUGAGCUGAAAACCCGGAUGUGACUUUAAACCUCGGAUGUGACAGAAGGAUGAUUCUCGAAUGGACUUUCGUAUAAGCGGGGAAUCAUUUCCUUCGGACUUUUGUCAAUUCAAUGUAUUUUAUAUCGUGCUUGUGAUUUAAUCGAUGGACAGAAUUUUGAACUUUUCAGAGAACAGACUGAAAUUUACAUGCAUCUUUAUGACUUAUUCUUACCUUAAUCCUGUCUUGUGCCUAUAGUUUAAUAUUUGUAUUCAAUUAAAAUUUAAUCGUGUUAAUUAUUUGUAAUUUGUAU